AUGAUCUUCUCAAAGAUCCAGAAGCCGGCCCUGGCGGCCCUUGCCUGUCUUUUGGCUGUAGCCCAGGCUGUACCUACAACCCGUGUUGAGCCGCGGAGUCUCUCAUUUGAUUACAACAACUACAAGGUGCGAGGCGUCAACCUCGGAGGAUGGCUGGUCCUCGAGCCCUGGAUUACACCGUCGUUGUUCGAGAGAGGAGGCGACACCGCCGUCGACGAAUACACCCUCACCCAGUGUCUGGGCAAAGACGCCGCCCACAGCCUGCUCUCCCAGCAUUGGAACAGCUUCAUCACCGCCGGGGAUUUUCAGCAAAUCAGUGCUGCUGGUAUGAACCACGUUCGUAUCCCCGUCGGCUACUGGGCUGUCUCGCCUCAGCCCGGUGACCCGUAUGUCUCGGGCCAGCUGGACAUCUUGGACCAAGCUAUUGACUGGGCUAGAGCAGCCAACCUCAAGGUCAUUGUGGAUUUGCACGGUGCUCCCGGAUCUCAAAAUGGAUUUGACAACAGUGGACGUCGAGGCACCAUUAACUGGGACAAAGACCGUUCACACGUGAACGCCACAUUGGAUGUCCUCAGCUCCCUUAUUAAGCGCUAUGCUCCGCACUCGGAUGUCGUCACGGCAGUGGAGGCGCUCAACGAGCCCAUGACCGUGAUGGGAGACUCUGGCGUCGACUUGAACAACUUGAAGCAGUUCUACUAUGACACAUGGGGCCGAGUGCGUGAGGUAAACCAAGACACUGUCCUCACUUUGCACGACGGUUUUCAGGAUAUCGAUUCCUGGAACGGCUUCAUGGGACAGAACUCGGGAGUCUGGAACGUCAUGAUGGACACCCACCAUUACGAAGUCUUUGACAAUGGACUUCUUGCCGACAACAUCGACCAACACGUCCAGGCCGCUUGCACCUUUGGCAAAAACAAGGUCGGCCCCACCGACAAAUGGACAAUCGUUGGCGAAUGGACCGGUGCCAUGACCGACUGUGCCAAAUACCUCAACGGCCGUGGCGUCGGCGCUCGAUGGGAUGGCAGUUAUGGACAAGGAAGCUCUACCCACGGCAGCUGCAGUGGAUAUGCCCAUGGCGAAGUCACCGCCCUGCCAGGCAGCGUCCGCUCCGACAUCCGUCGCUUCAUCGAAGCGCAGCUGGAUGCGUACGAGUCGCGAUCCGGUUGGGUGUAUUGGACUUGGACUACUGAGGGUGCGCCUGAGUGGGAUAUGAAGCGGCAGCUGGCAGCCAAUGUCUUCCCCAACCCGGUCACCGCACGACAAUAUCCUGGACAGUGUAAUUAG